AACAGAUGAAGAUAAUGAUAAUGCUAAGGGUGGUUUUUGCUGUCUUUGUUUUCUCAUCAUUGGCAGCAAUGGGUUCUUCAGCAACAACUCAACUUGUUACUUAUGUUUUUGGUGAUUCCUUAACAGAUGUUGGUAACAAUAAUUUCCUCCAAUAUUCAUUAGCUAAGUCUAACUAUCCAUGGUAUGGGAUUGACUAUAGUGGGGGCCAAGCCACUGGAAGAUUCACAAAUGGAAGGACUAUUGGCGAUAUAAUAUCUGCAAAGCUUGGAAUACCAUCACCACCAGCUUAUCUUGCAGUGUCUCAAAACAGUGAUGCCCUCCUCAAAGGAGUAAAUUAUGCAUCUGGUGGUGCAGGAAUUCUCAAUGAUACUGGACUCUAUUUUAUUCAGAGAUUAUCCUUUGAUGAUCAAAUAAACAGCUUCAAGAGAACCAAAGAUGUAAUCACGGCAAGAGUAGGUGAAGCAGCUGCAAUCAAGCAUUGCAAUGAUGCCAUGUACUUCAUUGGAAUUGGAAGCAAUGACUACGUCAAUAAUUUCUUGCAGCCUUUCCUAGCAGAUGGCCAGCAAUACACACAUGAUGAAUUUGUAGAACUCUUAAUUUCAACCUUGGAUCAACAACUUUCGAGACUGUAUCAACUGGGAGCAAGAAAAAUGGUCAUCCAUGGAGUUGGUCCACUAGGUUGCAUUCCAUCACAGAGGGUUAAAUCCAGAAAAGGCCAAUGUUUAAAGAGAGUUAAUGAAUGGAUCCUUGAAUUCAACUCUAAAGUACAAAAGCUACUGAACACACUCAACCAUCGUCUUCCAAAUUCAAAGCUCAUAUUUGCAGACACCUAUCCACUAGUUCUUGACUUGAUCAAUAAUCCCACUACCUAUGGUUUUAAGGUUUCAAAUACAUCAUGUUGCAAUGUAGACACAAGCAUCGGGGGAUUAUGCUUGCCAAACUCAAAGCUGUGCAGCAACCGCAAUGAUUACGUAUUUUGGGAUGCAUUCCAUCCAUCUGAUGCAGCGAAUGUUGUUCUUGCAGAAAAAUUUUUCUCUACUCUUUUCUCAUCAGCUCCUGCAGCAGCACCAGUACCAUCACCAUCAAACUAAAUCUUUUUACAAUCAGUCAUCAAAAUAUCAGAAUUGAACCACACCUUUAUACCAAGACUUUACCCUAUAUGUCUAAGUCAAUCAGAUAGUCAAUUGUAACAUAGAUUAGCAACGUGCAAUCAAGGAAUCAUUGCAAUAAUCAUCAAAAUGUUAGAGAGAUA